CACAUCAGUCUGCAAAGUUGACUUUGUAACCAACAGUCUUACAGUAAGCUGAUAAGGAAGGGUUUUUUUGUUGACUUCAAGGCAUACAGGUAUCAAGACUAAGUGUGCUGAUAUAUAUAUAUAUUUUUAUUUAAAAGGUUCAAUUCAUCUCUAUCGUGUACUUAACAUUUUUAAGGCUAUUAAUACACUUCAGACACUCAUUGGCUGGAAAUUUGUUAACAGAUGAGAAUUUUAUCUAUGUUCAGAGAAGGAAUUAAGCUAAGAGAGAAUUAUAUAGAAUCUGUUUUCUAAUUGGGCAUCGCUGGAGCCAGGAACUCCAGAUGAACACGUUCAGUAUAGACAAGGCUAUUUUAAUUCACUUCAUCCUGCUGGGCCUGGUGAUUGAGAGCAGCCAGGGGUGCUACUGUGAACACUAUCCUUGGGGUCCAUGGUCCAGCUGUUCACAAACCUGCAAUUAUGGAACACAGACAAGGCACAGGCAAAUAAGAAUGGAUGAAUAUUAUAUGCAAAACUUCUGUGACCAGCUAUGCACAAAGCAGGAGUCUCGUGCAUGUAACCAGCAAGCAUGUCCUAUCAACUGUCAGCUUGGAGACUUUGGCCCUUGGUCAGAAUGUGACCCGUGUGUUAAAAAACAAUUUCGUGUUCGGUCGCUCCUUCGCCCAUCACAGUUUGGGGGUCAGGCCUGUACUGAGCAACUGGUGGAUUCCCGCCCAUGCUUCCCAACUAAACUCUGCAACAUAGUGGAAGUUGACUGCAAAAAAAAAUUCCAGUGUGAAAGUGGUCGUUGUAUUGCAAAAGAACUGGAAUGCAAUGGGGAAAAUGACUGUGGGGACAACUCAGAUGAAAGAAACUGUGGGAAGAAAAAGUCACCGUGUAACAGAAAGUAUGACAGCAUCCCAAGUGUGCAUUUAAUAGGCAGUGGAUUUCACAUUCUGGCUGGAGAGAGUCGAGGGGAAGUCCUUGGCAACUCAUUCAAUGGAGGACGAUGUACAACAGUGAAGCACAAUGAGACAAAGAAAUUGUAUCGUGUUCCUGCAAACUUGGAGGCUGUCAGCUUUCAGGUAGUAGAUGAAGAGGAUGACGUAGCAUCAGAUUUCUACAAUGAUUUGACUCCUCUGAGUGACAGUGAUGCUGGAAGUAGUUCAUCCACUCAUGCUGGCAAAAGAACUUCUGGGAUCCCGUUUUUAUUCUCAAAAAAGAGACGGAUACAAGUCACAUUAACUUCCUCCUUUAAGAAAGCCAUUGAAGCCUCAUAUGAAAAGAGUUCCAACUUUAUUAGAGUCCAUAAAGUGAUUUCUGUUGCAAACUUCACAAUGAAGCAGUCACAUCUGCAACUCUCAGACAUCUUUCUAAAAGCACUUAAUCACUUGCCCCUGGAGUACAACUAUGCUUUAUACAGCAGAAUAUUUGAUGACUUCGGUACUCAUUAUUACACCUCAGGGAAGAUGGGUGGUUCCUAUGACAUUCUUUACCAGUACAGCUCAGAUGAGCUGAAAAACUCAGGUCUGACAGUGGAGGAAUCAACAGAGUGUGUGCGAACAGAAACCACUAAGCGUGUCCUUUUCAGAAAGAAAAAGAAAGUCAGUACCAGAUGCACUACAAACAGAAUGACUGUGAAACACGAAGGUUCCAUUCUGGAGUCGGCCGAACGAUCGGUGUCUCUGGUAAAAGGUGGAAGGUCAGAAUAUGCUGCAGCUCUGGCCUGGGAAAAAAAGGGGGCUUUUCCAGAGCAUACUGUCUUCACAAACUGGCUGGAGUCAACAAAGGACAAUCCUGUGGUGGUUGACUUUGAGGUGUCACCCAUCGUGGAUUUGGUGAAGAACGUGCCGUGUGCAGUGACCAGGCGUCGCAACCUCAGGAGAGCCCUUAGAGAAUACGUGGACAGGUUCGACCCUUGCCAGUGUGCUCCGUGCCCCAAUAAUGGCAGACCUGUGCUUUCCGGGACGGAGUGCCUCUGCCUGUGCCAGGCCGGCACCUACGGGAACAACUGUGAGAUGCGGACUCCAGAUCACAAAUCAGUUGCUGUAGAUGGCCGCUGGGGUUGCUGGUCUCAAUGGAGUUCAUGUGAUGCUUCCUUCAAGAAAAAAAGAACCCGAAAGUGUAAUAACCCCUCCCCGAUGAACGGAGGGAAGCCCUGUGAGGGUGAACAGGAAGAGGAGGAGGACUGUUAUGUCUCGGUGUUCAUGGACAGAGGGGCUCCUUGUAUAAAUGAUGAUGAAGCAAGGAGAGAAGAUGAAAUCUUGAUUGCUGAACCUGAGUCUGGAUGCUCCAGGCCAGACCCACCAGAAAAUGGCUUUAUCAGGAAUGAAAAGAACCAGUACGCUGUGGGGGAGGAAGCCGAAAUUGCCUGCGUGACUGGUCAUGUCCUCAGUGGCUAUCAGUUCCUUAGGUGUCUGCCAGAUCAAACCUGGACACAGCAGCAUAUUGAAUGUGAACCCUCAGUAUGCCUGAGGCCACCAACGUCUUACAGCGUCACGAUUUCCCCAUUUAAACAACAGUACAAUAUUGGUGAAACUAUUAAGUUAAGCUGCCAAGCUGGGUAUAUAGUCACUGGUCAGACAGAGUAUACUUGUGGGAAAGACCUGUCCUGGAUACCGUCUGUUUUGAGAUCCAUAACAUGUGAAAAAGAUAAGCAAACUAAGAUUAGAGGUACUUGCAGUCCAGGACAAAAACAGAUUGGAUCUCAGUGUGUUUGUAUGUCUCCAGAAGAGGACUGUGGUCACUACUCGGAAGACAUCUGUGUGCUACAUGCUGCUUCAGAACAGACCAUGACAAAGCCCAGCUGUGAGUACUUAGCUGAAAAUUGCCUCCGAGAGCAGUCAUUUCAUUUCUUGCAUGUCGGCCCUUGCAGUCGUGAUGCCAAUCAAGACUGGGCUAUUGAAAGGGCAAAGCUCUCUGCAAAUAGCCGGAAGAAAGUGCCAUGUGGCUAUGACACCUGCUAUGACUGGGAAGACUGUUCAGAGACACAGACCCAGUGCUCCUGCCUGCUGCCUUACCAGUGCCCCAGAGAAGACAGCCAGCUUCACUGCAUCCAGAUGGUGUCAACUGGGAGGAAGAAGACAGUCAGUCAUUGCACACUAGCAGCCAUGAAGUGCGCUGGUGUGAAAAUGGAGGUGCUGAAUCCGGGGAGCUGCCUGCAGUAACCUGGCAGCUUGGGUAGCGUCCACCCUGAUAUUCCCACCGUAUGCCUGCUGACCAACCCUGACGACAACUCAGUGAAAGCACAAAUGGAUUAGAAAACAAACGAUGGAAAAAAAUCCUGAGCUGACUUGCUGGAUUUCUGGGAGGAGGGUGGGGAUGGGCUCAUUUUUUUUGUCUGAAAAUUGUAUGGAGUGCGGAGUAUGGGGACUGCUACCACUGCCAGUACCUCUGCGCACGUGCAGAGGGAGGAAGGGGAGCUCUGCCUCUCGUUUCCUCUGAUGUUGGAUGAAACGUUUUCUCUCCUCAGUCAUUUGCUGCUCCAUCCCUUCGCUUCUGACUGCUCUGCACCUUCGUUGCCCUACUGGCUGUGAUCCCAGUGUAGCAGCUAGGUAGGAAGAUUGGGCACGUGGUCACGAAGGCAGCUACCUGCGUGGGCCUUCACGGUACCAAUUCAGGGAGCGGUACACAAUACCGCUAACUGCAAAUGUAUUGUCAUUAUGAGCGAGGCCUUCAAAACCAUGAGAUUUUUAAUUAGGGUAACUGAAGGAGGCAACUCUUUGCACUCUGGGUUGGUUUGUCAGUUUUGAGCCUUAUAGGCUUAGGAUUUGCAAACCUGAAGCUUAGAAACUUGCUUUUCAAGAAGGGAAAGAAAGCUGAAAUCUAAAGGUCACUUUCUUAUACUACCAGUCAGCAGAUCAAUGAAAAUUAGGAAAAAAAAUUAUUUAUCGACAGGCACUUGUCAUGACCUGUGCUAUGUAUAACUGUCACACCUGGCCAGGGGCUGAGCAGUGUCAUUUGGGAGCAGGGUGUGGGGCUGGAGGUGGAACGAUAAUUUUUACCUUCAAGGAGGUAUCAGACACCUACAUCUGGUAUGUUACUGAGCUCCCCAAAUCAGGACCAGCCAGUCUCAACUGUAUGGAGCUCAAGGAAAAAAGUGAUGAAUCCUUCUGCUCAAUAGACCAAAGCAUUGCAUUUUUCUGCUUAAAAUGUAUAGUAAAAAUGAUUGAAAUAACAGAGUGGUUUGCCCUCGUAAGUCUCUACUACUUUCCUCCAACUGAAGAUUCAUAUUAAUAGGCUGGUGAUUAUUUGGGGGAGGGUUGCAGACUUGAUUAUCCCUAGCUUUUGUUCUUUAAUACCCUUAUUCCUUCUUGCUGGUCAUAUUUCCAAGGGGAAUAGUCAUUCAGAAUGGUUGUGUAUGCCUUCUGCACCUUCAAAAAGUGGUAAAGAUUUCAUGCUCCUGACCUGCUAACCUUAACGCUAGCUUCUCGUUAUAGGACUCUGAAUCUGGCACGACUCUCCAGCAAUUUUUAUUGUAAUAUGAGGAUUGUCUUUCCCCAUGUUUCUCACCAUGACAUAUUGCCAGAUGAAAUCAUUUUGUGAUAAAUAAAAGGCAGCUGAGGAGUCACUUGCUGCCCCCGUUUCUCUAGUA